AUGACGAUAACAGACUUACUAGCUCAUCCUAUAGUCAUUGGUCUCGUUACCAUACUUGUCGCAAGUGCCGCAAUGGGCUUGUUCUCGUCCAACAAGCAUUUCCCCGUCGAGGGAAGGGUAAGUUUGUCGCAAACACUCGGGUUCGAUGUACAGGUGCUGAUACGAUUUGACACAGNNACGGUACUGAUUACAGGAGGCUCGAGUGGUAUGGGCAAGGCUCUCGCGACGAAGCUGGCUCAACAGGGUGCAAACGUGUGCAUUGUCGCAAGAACCCAAGCCAAACUCGACCAAGCAAUCGAGCACAUCAAGGUACUUUCUUCUACGUAUCUCGUCUCCCUGAUCUAUGUCGCCGACUGCACCUCUCCCGAAGACAACACCCGCAUCCUUGCUGAAACUACAUCAUGGAACGGCUCCCAAGCACCAGACAUCGUGUGGGCAAACGCCGGCUCAUCAUCCCCUGGCCUCUUCAUCGACACUCCCCUCGAGACCCAUCGCUCCCAGAUGGACACAAACUACUGGGCUUCCUUCUACCUCGCCCACGCAACCCUGAAACUCUGGCUCGCACCGCAGCGAAAGAAGGAACAUAACAAGACAAGACACUUCAUCAUCACAUCCAGCAGUGUCGCUUUUGUAGGUGUUGCAGGAUAUACACCUUAUGCUCCCGCCAAAGCCGCCCUCAAAUCUCUAGCCGAUUCGCUGCGCAUGGAGCUGAAUCUCUACAACGGCAGCAUCAAGUCUUCUUUGCCUUCUCCUGCUGCUGCUACACACAUCCAUCUGGUCUGCCCUGGCACUAUUCUGACUCCUGGCUAUGAUGCAGAAAACGCUACCAAACACCCCGUGACCAAGAUUUUGGAAUCUGGCGACCCAAAACAGACAGGGGAUGAGGUGGUAGACGCUGCAUUGAAAGGAUUGCAGAGAGGUGACUAUGUCAUCACAACCCAGUGGCUGGGCCAUGCCAUGAGAGUGUCUGCCCUGGGCGGCUCCCCUAGAAAUGGCUGGGGUAUCGUCGAUGUCCUCUUCGGCUGGGUGACGGCCAUCGCUUGGCUAUUCAUUGCACCCGAUAUGGAAGCCAAGGUGUGGAAAUGGGGCAAAGAGCACGGCUGCUCAUGA